GUUUUUUUCAAAACAAAAACUCCUCAUAAAAAUUAUUAUUAAGUUUUCGCUAUGAAAGGCAAAACUCUUAGCUCUCAAUCACAGGGCUUGGUACUAUCCUUGCUGAAUUAUUUUCAACAAGAAAAGGAUAAUGGAGGGCCUCUAUUACCAUUGUUAGCUGUCCAAGAGAGGGUGGCUCAGGCACUAAGUAUCAGUUUGUCCACUAUUACCAGAAUACAGCGCCGUUUAUCAUCUAAUGAUAAUGUCCUAAGAUCACCUGGAAAGAAGAGACCCAGAAAAAAGUCUAAGACAACAGAUUUAUCUGAUGCAGUCAGGCAUAAUAUACGAGAUACAGUGUAUCAAAUGUAUAGUGAAAGUAAUGAUAAUGAGCAGAAACAUGUCACAAUAGCAAAUUUGAAUAAAACGCUUAAAGAGAAAGAGCUUGCUUCUAUCAGCAAUAGCUCUUUACAAAGAGUGCUGCCCACCAUAGGCUUUAAAUAUAAAAAAGAUGGUAAUAGAAGAUUUCUAGUUGAGCAAUCCAGUAUUGCUUUACUUCGCACCAAAUUUUUGAGAAGUUAUAAUGACUAUGUGAACACUUCCUCGCAUCAAAUUGUUUUCAUGGAUGAAACAUGGAUAUUUUCAAGGAAAGCGAUUUAUUGUUGUCCAUGCAGGGAGCGAAAAAGGAUUUGUUGA